CAUCAUUUACUGGUUACUGAAUGACGCAAUAACGCUGUAUCGUUGUAACUUGUAGCAGUGGUUGUAGGUUUUUGUUCAGCCGGUUAACGCGCCGACGCCGGUCAUGUUUUGUGUAUUUUGUAAUUUAUUUUUAUAGUUGUUUACUAAAUAGUGAUUAACCUUUUUUUUUUUUUUUACAGUAUGUGUGGCUAGAUUUAUAGUGAUUUUUUUGAUUAACGUGUUAUACUCUUAAAAGCCACUCACUAGACCCAACAACUCUUAAGGAUAAAUGUAUUAAUUAUCAUACCCUCUACGAAAAGAACUAUACUCCAUAAGCAUAGAACUAUCGGUGAUCAAAGUGAUUGAGUUCUUUCUUCUAAGUUCCAAUUGCAUGGCAAUAGCAUACAGAUUACUGUCUACCGAUAUGACUGACUGUUGAAUAUCCAAUUAGUCGACUUGGUAUUGGUGAUAGCACAUGUAUAUUCACUAUUGUUACUUUAUUUUCAGUGAUUAACACUACAUUUUAAUGAUGCAUAAGUGUAUAGUGUGUUUUAAUUGUUCUAAAAAUACCAAGAAAUCACGUCCUGACGUUAUUUAUCAUACAUUCCCCAAGAAUGAUUAUAGAAGGAGAAAAUGGCUUAAAGUUUUUGGGAUUGCAUUAUGUUACGAUUGGCAUCGUGUAUGUAGUGAUCAUUUUUUGGAAACAGACUAUAAAGGUGGACAAAAGCGAUAUCUAUUGCCAAACACUGUUCCCCAACCUUAUAAUCCUAUUUACAAUGAAGAUAAUUUUUCCGAUAAUACUCAAAGUAAUCGCAUGCAAAUUGACAAUAAUGAAAGUUUACCCAGAAGUUUACCUGUGAGCCAAAAUAUUUUAAUAGAAGAACAAAUUAAUGAAACUGUUGAAACUGUUGUGAAUAAUUUUGAAUCACCAAGACGGUCUUCUAGAAAAAUUAAACUUACUACAACUAAUGAAGACAUGAGUUAUGAAAAUAUGCCGAGUCUCCAAACUCAACAAUAUGAGAGAAGAGUUUCUACUGAUAUACUUAACGAUCAAGCUAUUGAAAAUAAUCAAUCUGUCCAUUCACCAAUUUUACCAGCUUAUAAGGAUCAUAGUUGGGGAAGUGGAGUACGUUGUUCUGUUAAAAGUUGCAGCAACAGAUAUAAAAAAAAUCUUAGUUUUUUUGGCUUUCCUAAAGACAUUGAAAUCAGAAAACAAUGGAUUGAAAAAUGUGGAUUACUAGACUUAGAUCCUACUAAAAAAAUAAAAAAUAGUUUAAAAGUAUGCCGCAAACAUUUUGAAGAUGAUUGUUUCUUGAAUACGGCCAAAAUGAAUCGAUUAAAGUCUGAUGCAGUUCCUACAUUGUUUUUAGAUAACGAUAUAACAGAUGAAAGAAAUAUUCCAUCAACAAGUUCUUCUGUCAAUAAUGGAUCAAUAAUUAAUUUUGUUGAUAAACCAUCUUGUUCAUCUUCAAAUUAUAGUACAAAUGAAGAAACUAACCAAUCUCAAUUAGCAUAUGUUUCAGAAACAGUUACUUGUUUCUCUAAGGAUCUUGAGUGUGUCGAGUGUUGUGUACCUGGAUGUAUUAAUUCUAAAGAAAAUAUUAAAAACACUUUAAACAUUGACGAUGAUUUUCUUUCUCUUUUCAAACCACCGCCUGAAUAUGUAAGUGAUUGGAGUUCAAAUUUAGGUCUACCAUUAACUGUGGACAGUGUUGUGUGUGGAAAUCAUUUCAAACCCCAAGACAUAAUUAGUUCCAAAAUAAAACUUAAUGGGGAAGAUAAAGUAUUAAAAGCAUUAGCACUUAAUGCGUUACCAGUACGAGUUAAUAAUAAUACUUUGCAGUCUGCAAAUACUACUGAUAUGAUGUUAGAAACUAACCCUAGAUCAGCAUUGAAAACAUAUCAAAGUUACAAAAGAUCAAAGACUAAUAAAAAUGAAAAAUAUUUGUCAGUAAAAAAAUUCAGAAACAAUUUUGAAAAAAAAUCAAAUUCCACAGCUGAGACAAUUUAUACUUCUGGAAAUGAUAAUAUAUAUACAUCUGCUACUAAUGACAUCAAUAACUGCGCUUCAACUUCUGGUAAAAGUCCAACAUUAAAAUCAAAUACUGUAAAAAUUCCUCUAAUGAAUACAGAUAACUUUUCUACAUCAAAUACUUCCCAAUCAUGCUUCGAAGGAUCACUUCCAAAAAUUAUCGCUAAUAGUACUCGAUCUUUAUCUAAUGUUGAACAAAGCACAAGUAGUCAGAUAACAACUAUUGGUGGUUUUGAAGAAAUUGUUAGACACAAAUCACUCGAAGAAUAUCAAAAAAGAGUAAAUGAAAACUUAAGAUUCAAUUGUACACCUAAUGGUGGAACUGUUAUAACGGAUAAACGAAUUCAACACCCUUCUGCUGCAUUUUUCAAAGGUGGACCUGGGUAUGAUAAUGCAUCUGACUCUUUACCCACAAAUUUUGAUCAAACAACUGAAACUCAAGAUUCUGUGCAUGAUAAUUUACAAGCAAACAUGAUACAGUCUGAACAGAACUGGAGUGUAACACCAAAACAAACUAUUCAACAAAGCAUAGUAAACCCAACAUGUCAUGCUAUUCCUAUUAUAGAACCAAAAAAUAUUAAAUGUGAACCUGUUGAAAAUGUUGAUGUAGUACUUCCUCCACAACUGACUUCAAUUGAUGAUUCUUUAUCCAUUGAAUUAUCAAAUAUCAAACAAAAAAUACAGAAAAUUACAGCUAAUAAUUCACUGUCCAUUACUUUGGAACGAGUUGAGAAUACUAAAGUAACAGAAUCGUCAGAAAAUUUACUUCCAAAAUCUAUUCCUAAAAGUUCUAUGACGAUUUCAUUACAACCAAAAGUUAACAAUAACCUUUCUUUAACUAAUAGUUCUCCAUCUGUUACUUUAGCGCCUAGACUUUCAUCCGCUUCAAAUAAUUCUGUGUGUAAUGAAUCACAACAUAGUUCAACACAACAUGAACAAGCAUCAAUUUCUACUUUAAAUGUUCCAAGUUCAAUAAAUAAACAUAGACCCACUACAAAUAAAACAUCAAAAGCAGUACCUACAGCUCAGAAAAAGGUGUUGUCAAAACCAUGUGAAUUAAAAAUAUUAGAGUAUUAUUCAUUAUUAGAUCCAAUACCAAGUGAUUCAAAUGCCUCAAAACUUAUAAUCAAUAAUAUCAACCCUGGAGAUAAAUUAGACCAGAAAGAUAACGGAUUUAUUCAUGAAGUUUCUAAAACUAUGACACUUCCUAGUAUAUAUUGGAUGACUUUACAUGAUAUCAGUCGGAAUGUAACAGUUUUUGUUGAACGAAACGAUAUGAAUGAUGCUGUGAAAAAAGUUAACUUUUAUAACAGCUUAACGCCCGUUAUACACAUUUAUGGCAUGGCAUACGAAUAUAACACACCUAUUAAAACAAAAAUUGAGUUAGAAACACUUUUAGAAAAAAUUGAUACCUAUGAAAAGUGUUCUGGUCAAGAUGGUUUUACCCAUGAAAAUUGUAUUGGCUAUUUUGAAGCUCGUUCAGAAUAUAUUGAAAUGUGCUCUGCCUGCCAAAAAUUGAUAAGAGAUCAAGAUUUGCAUAAAACUAAAGCAUUGAUUGAAUCUAAAUCAAAAACUAUUGAAAAUCUUCAAAACAGGAUCUCUGAAAGGAAAAUAAAAGUAUGCGAAGCUAGAAAAAAAAUGGAAAAACAAAAAAACACCCUUAGGGUGUUUGGCGCUUUAUAUCCAUCUCCAAAUUCAAAUGUUAUGAAGCCACAUCAAUAAUUCAUUUUAAUUAUCUAUUCUUAAGUUUAUUUAAUAGCUAUUAUAUGUAUUUACUUAAAAACCAGUAAUUUAAAUUCGAAUACUGUUCUCAUUUUUUAAUUAAAUGGAUAAAUACUUAAAUAUUAAUUUUUAGAAUUAUCAAUAUUAUGAUACAUUAUUAUUUUAUGAUAUAGUAUUUUGAAAUUUAAACUUAUAUCAAAAAUGUAAUUGUUAAUUGUCUUUUACAAAUUAUUUUAAUAUUACUAUUUUAAUCUAGUUAAGAUUGGCUUAUCGGAUAAAUAGAUUGAUAAUUUGACUUGCCAUUAGCGUAAUUAUAUACAUAAAUAUAUAUUUUUUUUCUUUUAA